AUGAAUAGAAUUCUAUUGACAUUUGUUAUUCUCAGUGGAUUAAUCGCUAUCAUUCAUUGUUCAACUAUUGUUCGAACACAAAACGUAAAUGAAAUUGAUCCAUUUGGAUUAAUACGAGAUAAUUAUGGAUGUGAUGCUGUUAUUAGUAGUUGUGGGAAAAAAGGAAAAUGUUGUGAUAAUCAUGAUGCAUGUUAUAAAAAACAUGGAUGUGGUGCUAUCAGCUGGUUCUACUUAUGGGGAAACUGUCGAAAUUGUAACAUGGCUGUUAUGGGAUGUGCUGUUGCAAAUAAUCCUGGUACUAGCUCAUGCUGUUCCGCAGGUAAUUGUGGUCAAGCAAGACCAUAA